CUCGUGGUGGGCUCAGCCCUUGGCUCUGCAGGCCCCAUCCCCGCCCUGCACACAGCCUGACAGAGGAAACAGGAGUCGAGGAGAGCCUGGGGCUGGGCUGCAGAGGUAGUGGAGACCGUCUCCAGGAGAGACAGAUACACACGUACAAACACACGCGCACACCCACCCAGCUGUGCGCACACAGUGAGCACCCAGGUUGGAGACCCGGGAAGAUGGUGCUCAGCCUGGACCAGGGCCACGAGGAGAGCCGGGCACCAAGUGGUCCCCACACCAUCCGCCUGUGUUGCUUCACACACAUGCGAUUCAGCAAUGGGUGAACACAGAAACCUCUGGUGUUCUCGUUUUCCAGUUUUGGUUCCCUUUGCAGAGGAGAACAUUUUUAGAGGAAGUGCUGCCUUACAGUAAGGCUGCCCCUGAGGCUGGGACAGGGGCCCAGCCGUCUGGGCAGCUGAGACGUCUGGUGGUACUAACCAACCGCAACACACCCAAGAGUAAGACGUAAUCCAUGGAAGCACUUCCCACAAGUGAGACUGCAGGACGAACACGUUCUCCAAAGAGGGCUUGGCCUCAGGGGCAGCUCCUGGCAGACGUGGCACCGGGAGGGCCUCUGAAGAAGGGCGGUUUUGGAGAUGCGGAGGUGGAGGAAACGGCACAGGCAGAACCGCGGCGGUGGAGCCACCAGCCAGUUACCGAGUUUGGCUGCGGCAGAGCGUGUGGAGAAAAGGGAAAACGUGUGCGGGGCUUCCCACGCCAGGGGAUGUCUGUUACCUAGCAACAGCAGCCUUCUGGUCCUCAGCUGCCAUCUGUUCCACGUGGUGUGGAUCAAAGGGGUCAUCCAUUCGACAGCUUCGUGCAAACCUUUACACUUCCCCAAGUGUUCGGUUUUUAAAUCACGGGAUGGGCAUCCCCUCCAUCGCCAUCAUGCUGCACAAGCUCAUCAAGCUGCUGUACCACGCCCGGUGCUCCGACGUCACCCUCAUCCGCAUCGGCACCUCUGGCGGGAUAGUUCUGGAGCCCGGCUCCGUGGUCAUCACCCGGCAGGCGGUGGACGGCUGCUUCAAGCAGGAGUUCGAGCAAAUUGUCCUCGGGAAGCGCAUGGUCCGGAACACGCACCUGGACGAUCGGCUGGUGCAGGAGCUGGUGCGGUGCUCCGCGGACCUGGGCGAGUUCCCCACGGUCGUGGGCAACACCAUGUGUACCCUGGACUUCUAUGAAGGGCAAGGCCGCCUGGACGGGGCACUCUGCUCCUACGCGGAGAAGGACAAGCAGGAGUACCUGCGGGCGGCCUACGAGGCCGGCACCCGCAACAUCGAGAUGGAGUCGUCCGUAUUCGCCGCCAUGUGCAACGCCUGCGGCCUCCGAGGUGGGUCCCUAGGCCGCAGCUCCCCCAACUGCCCCCCAUCCCCCCCACCCCCGCAUGUUUCCUCCCAAGCCCCGCCCAUCGCCAGCCUUGGCCUUGCACCCGCCCUGCCCCCAAGGCGCGUUUCCUCCCGGGCCCCGCCCAUCGCCAGCCUUGGUCUUGCACCCGCCCUGCCCCCAAGGCGUGUUUCUGGACCCCUGCGCUGGGACCUCCUUGGAUUGUCACGUGGUCCAAGGCAGGGUCCUCAGUGUCUCUGCAGGGAUUCACGUGCCACUGAGAGGCCAGAAAGAUGAGAAAGUCCCCCCUUCGGGUCUGGGCAGGCUUCGCUGCUGACUCUACAAUGAAUCUGGCCUUCAAAGAUCUUUGGAUUUCUGAAUUGGGGCUAAUCCACCGCAGUUCCUGGCCUCACCCUUCGAGGUCCAGCUCUGCCUUCCGGAAUACCGCUUUCACGUCACCUUGCCUUUCAAGGCAGUGCAGGGCCCCCCGAGCUGGUCCUGGGGUUUGCUUGGGAAUCUCUGGGAACAAAGGCAGGCAAGGAUAAGGACAGAACAGGAUAGUGUGGCCCCCUGAGCUUUUUCGUGUUCUCCGUCUAUCAGAAGCCACUGUCGGCCCCUUCCCUUGAGGCCUGGACACUGGUCUCUGUGAGCUAAGCUAGAAUCCCGCUCUUUGCACUGACCUGGCGUUUGCUCUUUGCAGCGGCCGUGGUGUGCGUCACGCUCCUCAACCGCCUGGAAGGUGACCAGAUCAGCAGCCCCCAUGAG